AAAAGCAGCAAGCUAUCUGCUACGAUAUAGGCGACCCCGGAGCAUGGACUGAUCAUUUACCGCGCGACCCACGGUUCCACCACGUGCUAUAGCGAAUACGCAAGUUGCGGCCGUCUGCUUUCGCUUCCGACGACGACCCUCGGCUCCGCACGGCUGAGCGCUCCCAGGCCUCGUCGCCGCUGACGGUCCCUGGUGCUGGUGGGAUGAGCGCCGCCCCAGCAUUCCGCGCCUCUGCCUUAAGCGAUAGCUCUUCGACCUCCUACUUAGGCCCGUCAUCUGGUGUGGCGGACGGUGCUGCCACAACACACGGCGGCUUCAGAAACGCCGAGUCGGCACCCGCCUCAACGGGCAUCCCCGCCGUCGCCGACCUGCCGAGAACUGUGGCCGCGGAUUCGGCUGGGACGGGCCUCGUUGAUGGCUCUACUGGCCUCGAGCCAUCUCGCGGCACGGCCACCGUGACCGUCGAGUACCCUCCCGACCUGGCGUUGUGGCGUCAGAGACUGUUCGAUCUGAAGGAAGCUGUAGUCCUUAGCGCGAAGGAAUAUGAUACAUACUUCCCCUGGAUCGACAAUGUAUACUCGCACAGGUCCACGCAGAGGUACAAGCACGGGCGCUUUGUCUCGCACUACUACGACUGUCGAAUGAAGGGUAGGCCGUCGGGGAGACCCAAGUCGGACGAUCCCAACAGGAAGAAGCGCAACCGCAGGGCGCGCAGGCGCGACCUCUGCGACGUCAAGAUCAAAAUCACCGAGUACCCGGCCUGCUCGGGCGCGGAGCUGCGGGCGGGCGAUGGCAUUGCCCUGGGCAGCAAGGCGCGUGAGGAGGCUUGGGCGCGCAUCCAGAACGGCCCGUUCUGGGUGAUGCAGCGGAUCGAUAGCAAUGGGAGAAGUGGCGGGAGCGGCAUUAAGCCAUCAACGCACAAACACGAUCUGGCAAUGAGUGAUUUCAUCAAGCUAAGCAGUGCCCGCCGGCGGCUGGUCGAACUCGAGAGGGAGGCAAAGCGAAGCCAGAAGCCGUCUCCGUGGAAACCAACGGGGGCUGCGGGCGCGACAGCCAAGCAGCAUGCCGCAAGCGAAGAGAUCAAGUUCUAUUCGGCCUGUUUCUGUCCCUUUUCACAGCGCGUUUGGAUUGCGCUCGAAGCCAAGGGCAUCAAAUACCAAUAUCGCGAAACAUACCCGCUCCGCAAGCCUAAACCGAGCGAGCUCCUGGAGGCCAAUCCAAGAGGGCUGGUUCCUGCGAUACAACAGGGCGAGUGGGCAUGCUCCGAAAGCUCCGUCAUCCUUGAAUAUCUCGAAGACCUCAAUAGCGUAACGCCUCUGUAUCCGUCAGUCCCGCGACUCAAGGCGAAUUGCCGCCUAUGGAUCGAAUUUGUACGCAAUUGUUAGGCCGUUUCUCAUCCACUCGGGUCUAUCUCUGCUGACUCCAGGCGCAGAUCAACUCCAGAAUCGUGCCCGCUUUUUACAGCGUC